GAGGUGGAAUUCCUGGCUCUGGAUGAGGCCCUGGGGUUCACCCUUGUCAUUCUCUCCAUCUUCGGGGCUCUUGUGGUCUUGGCAGUCAUGGUGGUGUAUGUGCUCUACAGGCACACUCCCCUGGUGAAGGCCAAUGACCGCGAGCUGAGCUUUCUCCUUCAGCUUUCUCUCAUCAUCACAGUGCUGUCUUCCAUGCUUUUCAUUGGCAAGCCACACAACUGGUCCUGCCUGGCCCGCCAGGUCACUCUGGCACUGGGCUUUUCUCUUUGUCUAUCUUGCAUUCUUGGAAAGACUAUUUCACUGUUUUUUGCCUACAGAAUUUCCAAAUCCAAGACCACACUUAUAUCCAUGCACCCCCUGUGUCGAAAACUCAUUGUACUGAUCUCUGUUCUAGUCCAGACAGGGAUAAGCACGGCCUACUUGGUAUUGGAGCCCCCGAGGAUUUACAAGAACAUGGAAUCUCAAAAUGUAAAGAUCAUUCUGGAGUGCGAUGAAGGAUCUAUAGAAUUUCUGUGCAUCAUGUUUGGGUUGGAUGUCUUCCUGGCCUUCUUGUGCUUUCUCACCACCUUUGUGGCUCGCCAAUUGCCUGAUAAUUACUAUGAAGGGAAAUGCAUCACUUUUGGGAUGCUGGUCUUUUUCAUUGUCUGGAUCUCUUUUGUCCCUGCCUACCUGAGCACCAAAGGCAAAUUCAAGGUGGCUGUGGAAAUAUUUGCUAUCUUGGCAUCCAGCUAUGGUUUGUUAGGCUGCAUAUUUGCUCCCAAGUGCUUCAUUAUUUUGCUGAGGCCAAAGAGGAACACUGAUGAAACCGUUGGUGGAAGAGUCCCCACUAUAGAUAAGAGCAUCCAGCUGACUUCAGCUUCUGUAAGCAGCGAAUUUAACAAUACCAUGGUGUCAACUGUUCUCGAUGACUAG